AUGAGCUUGAAAGAAGUAUUCGAACAACAUCCAUGGAGGUCAUUUAAGAAGUUCAAUGAAGCUGCAAAGAGUUCGGGAUUUACUAACAGAGCUGAAGUGAAAAGGUUCUUUGACAAAAAUGUUGUACAUCAAACAAAAAUAAAUCCUUACGACUACUUUUUACCAAUUUACUCCAACACUCCUGACGCAUACCAAUUUGACACUCUCAUUCAAAGCAGAAAAGGAGGACAUAAACCAUUCCUCAUCUUCAUAAAUGUUAACACUCGUAAAGCAUAUGCGUAUAUAAUGAGAAAUAAAGGAACUCAUGAAGUGUUAAGAGUUUUACAAAAGUUUGUAGCAGAACAUAGCCCAAGUAUUUUAACAUCAGACCAAGACGGUGCAUACCUCAGCAACGAAAUCACAGAAUUUCUCAUUAAGCAUAACAUAACUCACUACACUACUGAAGACCAUAACCAUAACAUACUCGGUAUCAUUAACCGCUUCAUAAGGACUCUCAGAGAUUUAAAUCAAGAGCGAGACUUUACCGAAGAAACAAUGAAACAUUUUCUCGAAGUAUAUAAUUCCUCAACA